AACCUAUCAGAGUGAGGAAAGCUGAUGCGGUCGAAGAUCACGCUAAGCGCCAAAUCGCGCCAACUGCCCGUCAUGUGGGGAAGACCCCAAAUAGCGCUCUUUCGCUCUUGAACGAUAUACACGCGAUACCACGGGAAGGGGUAAGCGUUGGUGUUGCGAAAUCCCGAGGUGGGGGGGGGGGGGGGGGGUUCUUCCGUUGAGGCGAAGACGCGUGAUGUCACGGUCCGAGACGAAUUCAAGUCCGAAAGUGAUGGCAACUACUCUACUGAAGGCGCUGUUUGUGGUAACCUGAAAGGUGUGGUCAAACCCAAUGACGUUGGGGGUGCUGGUGGGACCAAAACCCGUUGCAAGGGUGCUUCCGUCGCGUCGAAAACGCCUGAUCUCCUGGUCCAGGACGUGUCCAAGCCCAUGGGGGACGACAACAGCUCAAUCGAAGGCACUGUUCGUGAAGCAGUGGUUGGGGACAAUGGAGUUGGUGGUGUUGUUGCGGAUAUUCCCUACGAGCCAGAUUGUGCUAAUAGCAGCAGUGAGACUGGAAAUGGUGUUCGUAAUCACCACGAGCAAGAUGGUGUUCAGCUUCUGCCCAUUAAAGACCUCAAGGCUGGCAUGCCUUCGCCUUGGGCUUUUGUUGGUCGCGUGUACGCUCGGAAUCCCAUACGCAAUUGGAAGACGUUCCAUGAUGCAGGUUCAUUACUCGAGAUGUACGUCGCUGACUCAGCAAAAGACAGUAUUCGUGUCACCCUCUUCAACGACGCUGUGGACAGAUAUAAAAAUGUUGUUACCCCAGGAUCGACUUAGCGCUUUUCAGGGGGCCGUGUAAAACCAGUUUUUGCGUCUAGUGAUGGAAAAAUUGAAAUUUCUUUCGGCUCUGGUUCAGUAAUAAGUCCGGCGUCUUACCAA